AGCGCUGACUGUCCCCGUGUGGCGCCCUGGCCCGUCUCCGUCCCGACCCCAGCCCGGCGGCCCCGACCGCCAUGCACUGCUACGAGGAGGAGGGCAGCUGGAGCCUGUCCUUCGCGGGCGCCGGCUUCCUGGGGCUCUACCACGUGGGUGUGACCAGCUGCCUCAGGGAGCGCGCCCCGCACCUCCUCCGGGGCGCCCGCCGCUUCUACGGCUCCUCGUCCGGGGCGCUCAACGCCAUCAGCAUCGUCUCCGGCAAGACCGUCGAUCUCUGCUGCUCCCAUUUACUGGCUAUGGUCAAGCAGGUGGAGCGCCUCAGCCUGGGUAUCUUCCACCCUGCCUUCGCGCCCAUCGAGCACAUCAGACAGCAGCUGCAGGACUUACUGCCCACCGACAUUCAUGUCCUGGCCUCCCAGCGGCUGGGCAUCUCGCUGACCCGCUGGCCCGAUGGCCACAACAUCAUAGUCACCGACUUCGCGACCCGCAGGGAAGUCAUCCAGGCUCUGGUCUGUACUUUAUACAUUCCUUUCUACUGUGGGACGAUCCCUCCCGAAUUCAGAGGGGAGCGCUACUUUGACGGGGGCCUGAGCAACAACCUGCCCUUCGCGGACUCUCCCUCCACCAUCACCGUGUCCCCUUUCCACGGGACAGUGGACAUCUGCCCCCAGAGCACCUCGGCCAGCAUUCACGAGCUGAACACCUUCAAUGCGAGUUUCCAGAUAUCCACCAAGAACUUCUUUCUGGGGUUUGCCUCCCUCAUAUCCCCCAGCCCUGAGAUGGUAGCUGACAAUUGCAGACAAGGCUACCUGGACGCCCUCAGGUUCCUGGAGAGACGCGGACUUACCAAGGAACCAGUGCUUUGCAUGCUGGUGUCUAAGGAGCCCCCAGCCCCCGCGAAUGGGACCCAGGACACCGACCGUGACGGUGGCCAGAAGGGGGGCCUGUCUGUCAACUGGUCAGUGCCCAACGUGCUGGUCAAGGACGUGCCCGACUUCGAGCGGCUCUCACCAGAGCUGGAGGCUGCACUGAAGAAAGCGUGUAUGAGGGACACCAGCCCCUGGGCCCAAUUCUGUCGGUCAGGGCCCGGGCGGGCCCUGACCUACUUCCUACUGCCCUGGACGCUACCCUUCGAGUAUGUUUACUUCCGGAGCAGAAGGCUGGUGGCAUGGCUUCCGGAUGUGCCAGCCGACUUGGGGUGGAUACAGGGUGAGCUGCAGAGCUUGGGCCUCCGGAUCUGCUCCAGGUCGAAGGACCAGCUCCGCAGGCUGUUCAGCCUGCCGGUCACCAGCCCCCUCCAGCCUGGGGCACCUCCUCCUGUGGACCCGGCCAAGGAGCCCAGACCUCCCCAUCAGGCCUGAGGGGCACAAAGAGAGCCAGACCAGUGACUGGCCUCCCCUGGCCCUUGCCCUGGCCCUGAUCCUGUGCCCACAUCUGCCUCCAGUCCUUGAGUCCUGACUCGUCUCCCAGGCCUUAGAGCCCAACCCUCGGCCCAGGGCCGGCACUGGAAUUGUCUGCCGAGUGGACGAUGGAGGGGACAGCCUCCCUUUCCUCUCAGACUCUUGUCCCUGACUGGGUGGGUGGGGUGACCCCCAGGAACCAGAGGAAGUCCCACCAGCCCCUCUGGAGCCCCUGCUCCUUGGAGCCAGCUCCCUGGGGCCCAAAGACUCCUUUUUUGGGAGAGGCCCAGCCCGUUGGUAUGUCCCUGGGUCACUGUAUCCAGGUCACCCUGCCCCUGUCUCAUCAGAGGGAAAAAGGAAGGCAGGAGCUGAGACACCCAUCUUGGUUCCGGAAUUUCCGUGUCAAGGGGCUUGGGGGCAGCAUGGGCUGGGAAGCAGGAUUCGGGGUGUUGCUGAGCUGUUUGAAGGGCGCCUUACAGGAAAUGGAGAAAAUGCCAUAUGCUCAUACCGGAGACUGGAAGGCAAAUGGAAAUGAUGGGAUCCUUUCUCUGAUCUCCUUUGUCCUGCACUAGCCCCAGGGUAACCCCCAUGGCCUGCCUCAUUCCAGGAACCUUGAUCUCUGAUGAUUUCCUACUGGGUCCAUACAGCGGGAGCCCCCACAACCAGGAGAUAGGAAGGUGCGAGGAGAGAGAGGGGUUACAGUCUUCUUAGAAUCCCACCUCUGCUGGGGUGCCCAAGGGCCCCUGGCUGCCAGCACUGUGGCACUAUCCCCUUGUUGCUUGAGAAGUCUCAUGGCGGAGCUGUGCCUCCACACACCCCACUCCCGGGCCCCUUUCUCUCUCGGGCAGAGAGUAGAGAGUGGAGAAAUGGAGGCAUGAGCUAGAGGAAAAGGAAGCAAAGGAAUAAAUCUGAAGAAAAGAGAUCACGAACCA